AUGAUUAGGGACAGGGUGGGUUCGUUUUUGGCGUCGUCCCGGCCAGAUGAAUGGGUUGCGGAGAGGAGAGCAAAUCACUUUUGUCAAUCUCAACAUCACCUUUUCGUGGUGUCCACUGAGUUGGUUGUUAAUCGAGACUUGCGGAUAGUCACCAAGCCAAUAUGCCAGCCCGAUUCAGCUACAGUGCGCCAUGUCGCUCGGAGCGCCUGUCAAAGUACAACCAACUUCUGCGAAUUGAGGAGGAACUCGGUUGCCACGCCAUUUACGCGGGCGACUUUUUCAAACAAGCGAUUUGAUUCCGUCCGUCCGUCCGUCGGUUCUUCCGGCCCGGACCAAACAGAGCGGAACGCAACGCAACCGGCGUUGGACGGCCAGUUGAAGAAGAUCUGCCGAAACCGUGAGAGAGAGAGAGAGAGAGAGAAGAUGCGACAGCUCGAGCCAGACGACGCGCCAAAAACCUAGGUAGAUCACGAAAAUGGGCACAACUUGUCCACGACCCAAUUGCGCCAACAACCAGCCCCACCUUCCAGCCUGUUCGAUCCGUUGGCCGAGAGCAUUGACAGUUGCCAGGUGGGCCACUCGCAGCAACGGUGUCCAGAACAACUGACAAACUUGUCCUCUUUCUCCCACCACCCUCCACCCUCCACCCUCCACCCUACUGCCCACCCCCUGUCUAGCAACGUGAAUGCAUUGUAUCCAUGUCUGACUGACAGACUGAGCUACAAGCUCCGACCUUCCAGACAGACAACCAUCUGGAAGAGGCGACAAUCUGUCUUUCUGUAUGCCUAUUCAGAGCCAGUCUCUGCUAUUCUAUGCUAA